AUGAAGUCCGUCUUCUUCAGCCUUUCUCUGCUCCUCCUUCUGGAGAAGCAAGCAGCUGGGAUAGGAAUCUAUGGUGAGACAAAAGGACAGUUUCUAGUAAAAACAUUCCCAGUUGUGUUUAUCCAGAAAGACCAUUUCCAGUAUGGGUCCAGAAGAGCACAGGAGGAUGGAGCUGAAGAAAGCGGUUUUGAGCAAACAAAGCACCGUGCAUAUGGCCAGGAUGCUGAUGCUGACCUGGGAGAGACUCAGAGUUCACAGGAACAGACAGGUGUAAGCGAAGACAUAGUUUGUGAUGAAGAAGACGAGAUUAGCCAACAAAAAUCCCAACUUCAAUCCCAGUCACAACUAAAAUCCCAAACACAACUAAAAUCCCAAACACAACUAAAAUCCCAAACACAACUAAAAUCUCAAACACAACUAAAAUCCCACGGAGCCCAGGUGAAGUCCCAAACAGGCCAGCUAAAGACCCUAGGCCAGGUGAAAUCACAAAUCAAGCUGACAUCCCACAGAGCCCCUCUGAAAUCCUCCCAGGCAUCACAAACUCUCCAGGAAGCCUUUCCUCAGCAAAUCAAGGGCAAAGCACAUGCUCUGGAUGAAGACCAGGCCCAGGUGCAUCAGCAGCAAAAAACGGUUCACAGGCUCAGACGCAAGCUUGGCUGGGCCAGGAAAACAGCAGAGUUCUUUCCGCACUUCAGACAGCACUUCCAAGGCUAUGAUGGGUAUUUUGUGCAGUUUCAAGGGCAACUGCAGGGUGGAAUUCAUCACACAAAGCCUUUCCACCAACCUCAACAGACGUGCUACUGUCCAAACGGAGAGUUAAUCCUAUAUGAAGAUGCCUUCACAGAGUAA